CUGCGUUCAGAAUUUUUACUCCAUCGACCCAGUUUUCAGCGGUCACGGAAUGAGCAGACUGAUCCUUUGGAGACCAUGGUUUGGUCGCGCGUGCCUUUGAACAAUUUGGCACGUGGAACGCGGAGAUGUGGCAUCAUUCGCGGGAAGCUACAUCACGCUGGACUUGGGGCGGGACGACGUCACGUUCGCACUGGCUUCUUUCCUGAAGAAAACGAUCCCUUUUUCAUUGACCCGGAGGGUCCACUUCUUUCGGAGCCGUUGAACGCGCGAUGGCGGGCGAUGGACGAUCCAACGCUGCGAAGCGGCAUUCUCGAGAGAAACAAUGUUGGAAUGGGAAUGGUGGUAAUGAACAGAGCUGAGGGCUUUGAUCUUCCAAGCAUCAACGACCUCUACCAGCGCCUUCGAAAUUUGGAGGUGAAUAGUUUGAAGCGGUUUGUGGGGCUUGCAGCUAUGGAGCCAGGACCCUUUUCAGUCGGCCUGGAUCCCAAAGAAUUGCUGCUAGCUGCUGUGAUGGCCAACAAGAAAGGUGCUUUGCCGGAUUUCUCAAAAGCAUUGCUGUGGAACUUCCAGGAACUGGCACACUUGGUGGCAGACUACAGGAAGCCUUUGAUCAGCCACAUCAGUGGCUAUGCCCAAGAUGGUGGUGGUGCCUUGGCCUGCUUAGCACCCUUUUCGGGUGCAUGGGAAGAUUCGACCCUUUGUGUUAGAGCUUGUCACCAAGGGCUUGUUCCCAUGGGAGGGAUGACGUAUGUGCUUGGAUCACUGCCGGCGGAGUUGAGCAGUUUGGGUGAAUUCCUGGCCCUGACUGGAUGGGAGCUGGAGGGUGCAGACCUAGUGAGUUUGGACCUGGUGGAGCAUUGGCUUUCACCCGAAGCUCUACCCUUUUUGGAGUUGACAGCCGAGAAGCACCUGGAGGUUUCUGAAGCAGAUUCUCGCCUAUUGCUGCGUGAGCAUUCACUGCCCCUGCCGCUGGAGGGCGAUCUCCAUGUUAAAGAAGCGGGGAAGGAAGGUCGAGGGUUCCAACGGAGGUACUUCCCACUCAUUCAUCGAUUCUUCAAGGAAGAAUCUCCAAAGGCGAUCCAGGAUGCCAUCGAUAAGGAAAUUGCCAAUUUGGAGAACAUCAAGUCGGAGAAGAUGCAGACGGAGCUCCGUUUCCUGAAGGACUGCAGGGACAGGAUGAAGAAAGUCAGUACAAGAGCUGCUUGGAUUACGCUGGAGCUCAUCAGAAAGGUUCGAAGGGGCAUCAGAGAGGCACGGGCGACUGCCUCCAAACAGAGGGUUCAUCCUGAAGUUCUCGUGGAGGCUUUGAGGGCAGAACUUUGGGCACAACAUGGCCUUCUUAAACGAGAGGAGACGAUUUGGCGCCUACAUCAGGCUUGCACAGGCACCGAGACCAAAGAACCCACGACCAAGGAAGCGCCCACGACCCAACAGGUCAGCCAAUUCACGAACCCUCCAGAGGACUUCUUUACGGUCUUUGAACGCCCAGAAAUGCCUUUGUCACAGCAUCCGAGACUGAGGAGAUACCAUCCGGACUUUGAUGCUGCCACUGGCUUGGACCAUGAUCCAGCCUGGAUGCAACAAGAAGCACGGCGCUGGAAUCCAAACCUUUUGGAAAAGGAACGGCAAAAGGCUGUGAAGGAGUUGCUGGGAAAUGAGGAUCCUUCCAAGUUCGGCCAGAGUCGUUGGGUUCGCGUUGAACCUGAGUGAGAGUUUCUGAUGCGGACACCAAUAUGGUCGUCCGAUUGCUUGCCGCGUGCCUAGCCGAAAGACCGCAUUGCGGUGGUUUCAAGGGUUUAGCUGGCAAGAUUGAUGGGGCGCGCCGACUACUUUUACCAAGGAACGUGAAACGAUUUUGGCCAAAUAGAUGUCAAAAUGCUCUGCAUGCUUGACAUUCUUUGAUGCAGCCAACUAAUUCACUGCACAUUUGCAAGACAACGC